AGUUGCCUAAACGUUCAAAACUGGCACUUGAAAUAUCUGACAUUUGCGUAGUGAAAUAGCGGGCAACGUAGUCUUAAAACAUAACCAUAAUAUAAACAAAACGCCAAAUCUCAAAUUCUUUGGAAUUCAAACUUACUUUUUUCUACUUGAGUCUACAAUUGUAAUAUCAAAGAUACAGCAUGGAAGAUUUAAAGUGUUUGGCAGAUAGCAAUAAUAUGUUACAGUUGUCGAAGGCGUUGCAAAAGAUAGAAAAAGCAAUCGAACAGCAGAAAAAGGAUUCGGCAAAGAAAGAAUCAGCAAUAGAAGAGUUGAACUUUCUCAAGGAACAGUGUUUGUCAAACAAUAUACAAUUGAGUCUUUUGUCCAGCCAAAGCUUAUACGGUCUAGUUGAAAACAAUGUUCUGGAACCAGCAAAUGUGCUCACAAUGUUUAUUACAAUGCUUUCAAAUGCCAACACACCAAUGAAAAUGAGCAUCAUCGGUCAAGGAAUCAUCAACAUACUUUUACUGGAUUUGAAAGUUGCAACUUUUCAGCUGAAAUCAAAUCAAUCGUAUGUAUGCCCGUUUGACAUGAAAACUGCACAACAUCCAGUCAUAACAUUGAUGUACAAAAAGAAUGUGGAUAUUUUGGAUUUGGCGACUAAACUUCAAGGCAUUGUUAACCAUGAGAACGAACAUAUUCGAUCAAACAGCAUUGAAUUUUUACGGCCAGUAUUCUUAUAUGUUUUAUGUAAUCCGAUCCAAAUUGCGAGUGCAGAAUCUAUUUGGUCAGUUUUUCUUAAACAGCACAGACUUAAUGGGACCAAUACACAAAGUUUACUUCAUGAGAUUUUCACUUGGUGUCGAAUUACUCCAGAUAGAUGUCUCAGUUUAUCCACACAGCUCAUGGAGACGAUUGAAGUGUAUCUAGAAGCAAAUAACAACCAAUCUGCCUUCGAAUACCAGAUAUAUUUGAUCGCUUUAAUACUAUCUCUAAUUGAAUAUGGUUAUGAUCCACGGAAUGCAUUUAACACGAUUUUAAAAACUAUCCAACAAAAUGAUGCACAAAUUGACGAAGAAAUAUUGAAUUACAUGUUAAUUACGAUGUCACAAAUUGUUCACAACAUUGCACCAUUUUAUUUACGGAAUGCUCUCGAGAUCAUCAAGACUUUGAAUGAGCAGAAUGGAAUCGGCAAUAUGAUAAUCCGCAAUAUGGUCCUGGAUAGCCUAAUCAUUCGUUUAGCCAUUAAUGGGAAGAGCAUGUCAGCUCUUGUUGCAGCGGAUAUUGAUCGAUUGAUAAAGCAGUUACGAAAACAAAAUACCGAGUCAAAAAACAUUUGCUCGUCAGACAGGUUUAUAAAAAAUAUACAAUAUUUGCAUCCAUUGAUUGCAAUGAACUUCAAUCUGGGUCAAUUAUCCACAGAACUGUGUUUAGAUGAUCGAACCAAAAAGCGUUUGAAGCAUUUCAUUAGUUUCGUCAAAGCCAACAACGAAUUUGCGAAUGAAAUGCAUAUAUUCCUGCGAUCGAUUCUUCUAUCAAUCGAAGACUUGGCCUUAUCGGACAUAUGGACAGACAUUUUGAAGCAGUUGACGGCAAGUGCUAAAGAUAACUCAAGUUUGGCUGGUGGCACAAUUUAUUUUAUACUCUAUUUGCUGGCCAAAGAAACUGAAGGCCGAAAACAAAUGGAACUACUACGAGGACUGACAUCGUUUACGGCCGUUAAGGAAAAUAUGUCACUCAUUUUAAAUACCUAUCGUUCUCUAUCUUCAUCAUCAUCAACAGAGUUGCAAAUUAUUUCAAUUGACUUGCAUACACGAUUAUGGUUGGCCGAAAACCGAACUUAUCAAUUUUUGCACAAAGUUCUGAUCACUGACGAUGAAAAACUUUCUGUAUCUGAUAGAUGGGAAAUGAAUGUCGUCAAAGCAAAUGCAAUCAAAGAAAUUUGUUCACAGAAAGCAUCACAGCAUGGAACGGACCUAGUGGCGCCUUUAUCAAAAAUACUGAACUGUUCUCUUGAUAACGAUUUGGCCAGUUCAUUAUCUCUUGAUGCUGUUAUUUGGCUAUGUAAAAGUCAUACGGUUAAUAUUGUUUCAACGUGGAAAGUAUUGCGACGCGUUUUUGAAUCAGAGCCAAAACCCAGAACUACCAAAAGUUUAUGCGAGUUUUUUGGAGAGGUGUCAUCUCUGAAAAGUGCUUCAAAUGAAUAUGACCUAUUAUUUUGUGAAGCCUUGAAACGUCUAUGGAACUUCAUCACCAAUUCAGAAGAUAUUGAAAUAAUCCGCGCUGCGCUUCGAGCUUUGCGUAAUUUCGAUUUAACCGAAUUAACUUUGAAACAUAUACCACACAUUCUGUUCAACAACAUCAAAUUACCGAGAGAAUAUCAGAUUCAAAUUGCUGCCUCACACAAUGAUCCUAAUAAUGAUCCUCUUACUAUAUCUGACGUUUUACCAUACAUUCCUGGCGAGUGCUUAUCAAUUGAGCUCUUUAAAAAUAUCAAUCAACGCGCUUUAGAUGACUCCGUAGAAUUUGUCACUCAUUUGGUUGAAAUGGAGAUGUCACAGUUUCGCAGUGGUGUAUAUUUUCAGGCUGAGGGCAGGCCUGAACCAAAAGAAUUGCAGAAUUUGCAUGCGCGCAGUCAACUCCGAGCUAUGAUCAGAUUUUUGUGUGAACAAUCGGAACGUAAGAGUGAGCCAGCAACUGCUAUACAGUGUCUGAAAUGUGUUGCUAAGAAGUAUUCUCGGCCAAUUCCACCACUCAAUUGGUUUUUCCUCAUUGAAUACAUUAACAAUGGGAUGAGAUUUGAUGGUUCUACUGUCGAUGAUCAAUUCAAAAUGAAGAAAUAUGCUCUCAUGAUUGCUGGAAAUCAAAGCGCUCAUUCUGGCUCAGCGAAAUCGAUUGUGGAGAACUAUUUGCAAUCAUUCGAUUCAAACACCAAAAAUCUCGAAGAAAUUCAAAUAACACUGGAAAUUUCGGUCAAGAGUUUAGGCAUUUCCCCUCGAAUACUUGCCGCAUUUCUUCGAAACACAUUAACUUUUGCAUAUGAUCUAUCGGCAUCAAGUCAUUUUGAGGAAAAAUGCCACUUGGAAAUGGGCCUCGAAUCAAUUGUAAAGACUUUCGAUGAAAAAAGCUUAGUCCCCGAAAAUGUGGACAUAAUAAUCGAUGCAAUUUCCAGAUUUAAUGAUAUUCUGCCGAGAGAUUCGAAGAUAUAUGAUAAAUAUUCGACGUACGUUUUGAAAUUGCCGUGUGAAAGUUUAGACAGAUUAAGCACACCGGUUGAAUGGAAUUCUGAAAAUUUUAGGAAAUCAUUAACUGUUAGAGCAAAAGCAGCGUCAUUUCAAAAGAAAUUUCCCACUGGGUCCAACCCGUGUAUGUGGAUAAAUCUUUUGAUUGACAAUGCAUUUGAUCUGCGUGAUCCAGUUGCAGAUGCUGAAAGAAAAGAAGAACUAUUGAUGACCAUUUCAGACCUAUUGAUGGAAUGGCAAAAUGAACGUUUUACUUCUGAAUGGAUUAUGUACUUUCUGGGGAAAGUUCAGUCAAAUCUCAAUCAAGACUCUACUAAAGAAACCAUGGUUCACAGCCUAUUUUCAUUAGAUUUAUACAUGUUCUGCAUAGUGAUGGUCUCGGGAUGCGCCACUUUCGUAAAUGAUGAGCUAAGCAUGAACAAUCGAAUGCGAUGGCUGAAAAAGUUUCCAGAAGCCUUAUGGCUUCUAAGCAAACUAUCUAGCUGGGACAACCACAUGCCAAGGAUUUUCGAAUUUCUGUACCACCUGAAGACUCAGCAGAAUCAUUUGCCAAACGAAUACAAUUCGAUUAUUUGCAAUACAAUAAUUUGUGUAAGAAAUCACGAAUAUUUCUUACAAAAGUCAACGUGGAACAGAUUCAUUUCACUCAAGUGACUAUAAAGGGUUAUUAUUCGAAUUAUCUUUUUGAAGUAGUUUGCAAAUUUAUUUUGUUACGUCAUUAGUUACGAAAUAAGUAAUUAAAAAAUAAAACAAAUAAA